CCAUAGCAGUUUUUAGUUUCCUGGUUAUUCUAUUUUUUCUAUACGUAAGCAAGAAACUUUCAAUUAACUCUUCCAAUCAAGCAUCAUACCUGGACUCUCAACUAAGGAACAAUAAGGAUUACAAAGCAUCCAGAACAGCCUCAGGAUGCCACUUACACAAGACUCCAAUACUCUACCCAUGGUUUCCAUGACAAUCUGAAAAAAAAAAACAACUGGACAUUUCCUCAGUGAGCCAGGGCUCAGGAGACACGCUGCAGGUCACAUGGAAUUUUUUUGGAACUUUCAGCAGAACCUGCCCUCUAUUUCCUCUAUCCUGAAUCCAGUCACCAGUGCUAUGGGUGACCUGGCUGAUGUCAUGGGAGAUGCUACAUAUGCUGUAAGCGACCAGCUGACAGAGCAGAUCAUGAUCAUCAAGAGCAAGGUGCAGCUCAGCCAGCAGGAAGAGGUUGCUACAGUACAGGUGUGCAAGCCUGGGGCAGACGACCGCCAACCGAGAUCACAAGCCAUGACUAAUACCACUCGCCCCCUGGGAGUCUAUGCAAACUGUGACUGCCUGCAGACCUCUGGAAAGACUGUAACGGGGGAUUCGGAAAUCCCAGAGAAGGGAACCUUAAAAAUAGGUGACGCUAUUCAAGCAUCUCAUUUAGCAGAGCAAACGCAAGAAGAGGAAGUAUCCUUUCAUAUGUUCAAAGACAAAUAUAAAAAAAUUAGAAUUGACUCCCAAGGUCAUGUAACUUCGGACCAGGCUACCUUGAAGAAAUCCCAAGAUUCCAGAAUUCUGGGUCCAGCUGUGAAAGAGAAAGACUUAUCACCCACCAUGAGGGAUUGUGAUGCUGAGAUGGAGGUAGUGGGCAGAAGGGCAAUUCCAUGCGAUAACAGGCUAGGUCAACCAUUACCCUGUUCCCUUCAUGUUAAAGACAACAAUAGACCGUCAAGUGAAAAGAACAAAACAAGUUCUAAGGUGAACAGCGCUGUGCAUGGGAAUCCAGUAAGAGAGAGCAUGCCCAAAUGCAUUCGAAAGAACCAAGAAGAGUCACAUAAAGUGGAUUCAGGGAGAUUAACAGAAGAGAGAGAGAAAGCAAAUCCAGCGAUUGAGAAAGAUCUUCUAGGCUCUUCCUCAGAUAGUGAGGAUGAGGAAAGAAGGCCGCACCUGGAGGGCGUACAGCGAUGGGUGGCACCUUGGCCCCGGCAGGACUGUUACUCGGAGCCGAGACCAAAGUACAGCUCUCUGUCAGCCGAGAGCAAGGGCUACAGCGGCAAGGACUCCACUGGAGAGGCCAAUGGCAUCCAGAGGAUGAGGCGAAUCCCCCCACUGGAUGAGCUGCAGCCCCCCCCAUAUCAGGAUGAGGAAGGGUCUCCGUGCAUGCCCUGCAUGCCUUCUGACGCAGGUGUCACCCACUGUAGGCCGUCCCGCGAGGCCAGCGGCCGGGCCCUCAGCAGGACCCGGGAGCUGUCGCUCAGCGAAGCCAGUGCUGACCUGGAGAUGGAGAACUACCUAACCAAAGGCUAUGAAGAGGAUGUUCCUAGUGACAGCACCGCGGUCCUCAGCCCACAGAAUGCUCCAGCCCUACAGUUCCCCAUAGGCUAUGAGCCAGAACCCCUAGCCAAGUAUGGCACUCUGGAUGUGGCUUUCGACUACGACGCCCGGGAGCAGCGGCUGGCAGUGACGGUGACGGCCGCCACGGACAUCCCGGCCCUCUGCAGUGCCGGCAACGUGGCCUGGCAGGUACACCUGGUGCUGCUGCCCACCAAAAAGCAGCGGGCCAAGACGGGCGUGCAGAGGGGGCCUUGUCCGGUCUUCACUGAGACGUUCCGCUUCAGCCCCGUGGAGCAGGAUGCCAUCGGGAACUAUGCCGUGCGCUUCCGUCUUUACAGCGUGCGACGUAUGCGCACCGAGAAGGUGCUGGGCGAGAAGGUCUUCCACCUCACCAAGCUCAACCUGCAGGGCAAGGUAGCCCUGCCUGUCACUCUGGAGCCUGGGUGUGCCCCUACGGGCUGCGGCUCGCUGGUCAGCAUAACCCGCAGCGAUGGCACGCCGUCCUUCCGCUCGACGGGACACGCCCCCGCCGCCGCUGAGAUCCUAGUGGGGCUCGUUUAUAACGCUGCCACGGGCUGUCUCUCUGUGGAGGUCAUCAAGGGCAGUCACUUCAAAAACAUGGCUGCCGAAAAGCCGCCCAACACAUAUGUGAAACUGACUAUGCUGAACUCAAUGGGACAACCCAUGUCCAAAUGCAGGACGUCUGUGUCCCGGGGCCAGCCUGACCCCACGUACCAGGAGACCUUUGUGUUCCAGGUGACGCUUUUCCAGCUGUCGGAGGUCACGCUGGUCCUGUCUGUCCACUGCAAGCGUGGAGGCAUGAGUCGGAGGGGACGUCUGGGCUGGCUCUCCAUGGGCCUUAACAGCUCCGGGGAGGAGGAGCUCUCUCACUGGACCCAGAUGAAGGAGACUGAGGGUCAGCAGGUCUGCAGGUGGCACUCACUCCUGGAGUCCUAGCAGGAGAUGAGUUGACAGCAAAGCCAUCUGCUCUGGAGGCUUCAGACAAGGCUACCUGGAAAAUUACCCAAGAAGAACCUUUGAAGAAACUUUGUCUUUCAUUUGGUUUUACUCUUAUUUCUAAUUAAACAGAGAAAGCAUCAUGAUCGGAGGUAGGGGUAUGUUCAGCAUAUCUGUAGGGAGCUGACUGCAGACUUCUGCACUAAACUGAGGUGAAGGCAAGAGGAAAGCGAUACGCGUCUCGCUCAUUGGUAACUUCGUAUCUGACCUCAGCCCUAAAACAGCCACUUGCCAGAACUGGAGAAGAACUGAAAUUGUCAUUGUGCAUCCGAACUCCAACUGAGGCACAGACAUUUACAAUUAUACACUGAUUAUUAAAAUGAUUUGUCUGAAGGUUAAUUUAGUCAGAUGAAGAAAUUCGUAUUAUUACCUGCAUAAUAUAUGGUCAGAUGAAGGAUUGGAAACUAUAACUAAGGGCUGCUGUGUUUAGCACAUAUCAAAGCAAUACUCAGUGUCUGUAAUGGCCACAGUGGCUUAGGUACGCUCUGGAUAUUACUGUUUACUAUGAUGAAAGGCUAUGUGUUUAUUGUUAUGCUGUCAAGCAGGCAGCAUGUUUGGAUGUCAUUAGUGCUCUCUCAGUUGGUAAAAAGUGGAAAAAAAAAACAUUACAACAGUUGAGCAGGACAGGCUGUUUGGCCUUGGUGGAGGCUGACGUCCACAAAUAGUAUCCCUUUCUGGUAACUUUCUUUUCAUAAUCUUUGCUCUCUCUUUCAGGUAUCUUAAUGCGUUAUAUUUAAGAGUGAUAACCAAACGAUUGUUGCAUCCUUUGACUUUGUAACAGAAUUUUCUUAUCUAUUUUUAUAUUCUGAUAAAUUACAGCUCUGUGAGCAUAUAAACAAAUGCUACAGUCUGUCUAUUUAUUACUUGCAUUAUACUUUUUUUCCACCUGUCAUUUUUGAAGGGAAAAAACAAAUAAAAUAUACACAAAAAAUGUAAGCAAA